UUUGUAAGAAUACGGGUGGGUUGAGGAGGAAGGAGUUUUUGGGAGUUGGAGCCCCGUUUUGCUGAUGUGGAUGAAGACCUCCAGCACCAUGUUUAUGCCGCUCUGGGUUUUGAUUUUGUUCCUGGUUUUGCCCCGGGCAGAAGGUUAUUUUUCGGAGGAGAACCACGCGGAGGAGUCGGAGGUGCAGGCUCCCACCCUGGUGAUCGCCAUCAUCGCCCGCAACGCAGCCCACUCUCUGCCUCAUUACCUCGGGGCUCUGGAGAGACUCAACUACCCCAAAGGGCGCAUCUCCAUCUGGGCGGCGACAGACCACAACUCUGAUAACACUACUGCGGUCCUGAGGGAAUGGCUGACCAUCACGCAGCAGUUCUAUCACUACGUGGAGUGGAGGCCCAUGGACAAGCCCGUGUCUUAUGCAGGUGAAAUGGGACCCAAACACUGGACUAAUGGCCGAUAUGAACACGUCAUGAGGCUCAAACAAGCAGCGCUGAACUUCGCCAAGAAACGCUGGGCUGAUUAUAUCCUGUUUGCAGACACUGACAACAUCCUGACCAACCCAGACACAAUAAACCUCCUAAUGGCUGAGAAUAAAUCUGUGAUCGCUCCCAUGCUGGAUUCUCAGUCUGCUUACUCCAACUACUGGUGUGGCAUCACACCUCAGGGUUAUUACCGCCGCACAGCCGAGUAUUUUCCGACCAGGAACCGGUACCGUAAAGGCUGUUACCCCGUUCCCAUGGUCCACUCAACCGUUCUACUGGACCUGCGCAAGGAGGGAACCAAGAACCUGGCCUUCUACCCUCCUCACUCCGAUUACUCCUGGCCCUAUGAUGACAUCAUCGUCUUCGCCUUUUCCUGCAGGAUGGCAGAAGUUCAGAUGUACGUGUGUAAUAAAGAGCGUUACGGCUACCUGAACGUUCCUGCGAAACCACAACAGACCCUGGAGGACGACCGCAUCAACUUCAGCCAUCUCUACCUCGAGGCUUUGAUUGAUGGACCCCCCAUGUAUUUGUCCCGCUACGUACAUGUUCCUCUGAAGCAGAUGGACCUCAUGGGCUUCGAUGAGGUGUACCUGAUUAACCUGCGCAGGCGUCCUGAUCGCAGAGACAGGAUGCUUUGGUCUCUCUAUGAGCUGGAGAUCAACGCUAAAGUGGUGGAUGCCGUGGACGGAGCAGCCCUGAAUAGCAGUGAUAUUAAGAUCCUGGGUGUAGAUCUCCUGCCUGGGUAUUACGACCCGUUCUCUGGCCGUACGCUCACGAAAGGCGAGGUGGGAUGUUUCCUCAGCCACUACCACAUCUGGAAGGAGAUGGUGGACAUGCAGCUGGACAAAGCGCUGAUCUUCGAGGACGAUGUUCGUUUCCAGGGCAACUUCAAACGGCGCCUGAUGAAGACGAUGGAGGAGGUGGAGCAAGCCGAGCUCGACUGGGACAUCAUAUACCUGGGCAGGAAGCAGGUGAACCCUGGUGAGGAGGAGCAGGUGGAGAUGGUGAAGAACCUGGUGGUUGCUGGUUAUUCGUACUGGACUCUGUCCUACGCCAUCUCACUGCAGGGAGCUCAGAAGCUGAUCAACGCUGAACCCAUUUCUAAAAUGCUUCCUGUGGACGAGUUCCUGCCCAUCAUGUACAAUAAACACCCCAAUGAAGAGUACAAAUCGCACUUCCUGAACCGGAACCUGCAGGCGUUCUCCACAAGCCCCCUGCUGGUGCAGCCGUGUCAUUACGCGGGCGAUGCCGAGUGGGUGAGCGACACCGAGACGUCCACGCUGUGGGAUGAUGAUAACGUCCCCACUGACUGGAGAGGAUCAUACAAGACCCUAAAGGGUGGAGCUCCACCAGCUGGCAUUCAGAGCGCCACCUACAGGGAUGAGCUUUAAAACACAGCCAUGAAUGUAUGUGUGUGUGUGUGUGUGUGUGUGUGUGUGUGUGUGUGUGUGUGUGAGUGUGAGACAAAAAGAGAAUCAAAGAACAUGACGGAGAACAUUCCUAAACACAGAGACCCAGAGACCAAAAACUGUGAUACACAGAUAAGGGUGUGUGUGUGUGUGUGUGUGUAUGUGUGUGUGUGUGUGUUUUCUCAGGUACAUACAGUGCAGUCUGGACAGUAUAAUUGUCCAGGUGAAAGGUUCUUCAUGGUUCAGAGAAAUCAGAAAGUGAGAUACUGUGUGAGUGUCACCACAUCUACAGGCUGCAUUGUGUUUUUCACGUGUGUAAAAGUCAAACCGGGACUGUUAAUGUUACAGGUAUAAAAAUGGAUGCUGGUGUGUUGGUUCUACACGCAGUAGUAAGUGGCUAGUGUGUGCGUUUCAUGAUAGGUGGCGCACAUGUGCACGUGUCUCGGGUUCGGUCCAGAGAGCGUAGACCACAGUGUUCAUGCGUCCAUGGAACUCCGUGUGGUGCUGACGUUUCUGAAGGCAUGAAACCCGCAGAUAUCUACAGAAAUAAGUAAGAUAUAAACGGUGUAAACGUUUCAAAGAUGGCCGUCUGUCCCUCAGUGACGAUCCCGAUCCAGUGGUGGUGGUGGUGGUGGUUCCUCGGUGAUGAAGUGAAGCAGGAUAUCCUGGAACGGUUCUGACAAACUGACAAUCUUUCCAAGCAUUAGUUAAAGUCUGGGAUGAGAGUCUCCGAAAUGUGUUCUUUUAUUUUAUAAACUCAAAAGUCCCGGUUUAACUUUAUUCUUUUCUUGAGGUUUUUUUUACUUUAUGGAAUCCCAAAGUUGUUUUAUGUUUAUUGCUCAUUUUUAAAUAAUUAAAAGAGUAAAAAAAAAUGUACUUUAUAAAUAUGAGCAUUUUAAAUGUUGAAUUUACAGUGAAAAAAAAGUCUAAAUUAAUCAGAGUUUUAAAAAUCUCAUCAGUUUUGCACGUCAUUGUGCUGAAGACAAUCAAGAGAUGGAACUAAGUGUGUACCUGUGCACUGUGUUCGUGUGUGUGUGUGUGUGUGUGUGUGUGUGUGUGUGUGU